AAAAACGAAAAACCUCUCUUUUGUCGUUCCUCUGCUUUCUUCGAUUUGCUUCUGCUUUCUUCGAUUUGCUUCUGCUUUCAUCGCGGUUCAGGUCACUCUUUUCUCAGCCAUGGCGAUUCCUUUCAUGGAAACCGUCGUGGGGUAUUAUUAUGUUCGUGACUGCAACUAGAGUUUUCUGGAGUUUUUUGAAAUGGGUUUUGUGUUGUGGAACCGUAUGUGAAUGUUGCAUCAAAACUCUUUCAGUGCUCCAAUGUUUCCAUCAGUAGUCAGCACAAGAGAUCUUUUUAUAUCUGGUUGAUCAAAAAAGUAGAUGAUGUUAUUGAAUUUUCAGUGAUGGAGUAUCUGUUGUUGUGGCAUUUAGAGUAGAUUCGUAUUUCAUCUUCUGUUUUAUUCUUUUUCUUACAGGUUUUAUGAUAGUGAUGUACAUUUUUGAGACGUAUUUGGAUCUGAGGCAACUCACUGCUCUCAAGCUUCCAACUCUCCCGAAAACCUUGGUUGGUGUAAUUAGCCAAGAGAAGUUUGAGAAAUCACGAGCAUACAGUCUUGACAAAAGCUAUUUUCACUUUGUUCAUGAGUUUGUAACUAUACUUAUGGACUCUGCAAUUUUGUUCUUUGGGAUCUUGCCUUGGUUUUGGAAGAUGUCUGGAGCUGUUUUACCGAGGUUGGGCCUUGAUCCAGAGAAUGAAAUACUGCAUACUCUUUCAUUCUUGGCUGGUGUUAUGACAUGGUCACAGAUCACUGAUUUGCCAUUUUCUUUGUACUCAACUUUCGUGAUCGAGUCUCGGCAUGGGUUCAACAAACAAACAAUAUGGAUGUUCAUUAGGGACAUGAUCAAAGGAACAUUCCUCUCUGUCAUACUAGGCCCACCCAUUGUUGCUGCGAUAAUUUUCAUAGUCCAGAAAGGAGGUCCUUAUCUUGCCAUCUAUCUGUGGGCAUUCAUGUUUAUCCUGUCUCUAGUGAUGAUGACUAUAUACCCGGUCUUGAUAGCACCGCUCUUCAACAAGUUCACUCCUCUUCCAGAUGGAGACCUCCGGGAGAAGAUUGAGAAACUUGCUUCUUCUCUAAAGUUUCCUUUGAAGAAGCUGUUUGUUGUCGAUGGAUCUACAAGGUCAAGCCAUAGCAAUGCUUACAUGUAUGGUUUCUUUAAGAACAAAAGGAUUGUUCUUUAUGAUACGUUGAUUCAGCAGUGCAAGAAUGAGGAUGAAAUUGUGGCGGUUAUUGCACACGAGCUUGGACAUUGGAAACUGAAUCACACUACAUACUCGUUCAUUGCAGUUCAAAUCCUUGCCUUCUUACAAUUUGGAGGAUACACUCUUGUCAGAAACUCCACUGAUCUCUUCAGGAGUUUCGGAUUUGAUACACAGCCUGUUCUCAUUGGUUUGAUCAUAUUUCAGCACACUGUAAUACCACUGCAACAUCUAGUAAGCUUUGGCCUGAACCUCGUUAGUCGAGCGUUUGAGUUUCAGGCUGAUGCUUUUGCUGUGAAGCUUGGCUAUGCAAAAGAUCUUCGUCCUGCUCUAGUGAAACUACAGGAAGAGAACUUAUCAGCAAUGAACACUGAUCCAUUGUACUCAGCUUAUCACUACUCACAUCCUCCUCUUGUUGAAAGGCUUCGAGCCAUUGAUGGAGAAGACAAGAAGACAGAUUAAGUCCGCUUAACUCGUCUCUUGUACGGGUUGAUGUCUUUUAGGUGACAGGUCGAAACAAAACAAAAAAAAGUGUAAAACCAUAUAGGCAGAGGCCUCUUUUGUUUGUUUUUUACUUUUACAGUGGGUUUUGCCUAGUUACUACUAGUUUUUGAGUUUCUUAAAAGUGGAAUCACUCGCACGGUUCGAUAUGAUCAUUUCUGAUUCGUCUUCUUUUAUUAAAAUGAGGAGAAUCUAACGUAUAUGAAUCAUUCUUGUUUUGAAAGUGAUAUAGGUUAUGAUUGGUGUUACUACCACAUGUUAGAAAAUCGUGUAAAAGUAGUACUAAAUUGAACAUGGGAUUCAGCGAUACAGAAUUAUUGAACAAGGCAGAAUUGUUUUUA